AUGACUAACGGAUUGACCGCUGAGGACUGGAAGAAGGUGGUGCACUACUACUACCCUAGUUCCGCAGGAUUUACGGUGAGUGUCCGAGAUAGCCAUCCUCACGAAGAGGGCGUUAUCACCGAGUUCCGCGUCUCAUAUCGAGAUGGGAGCCAACCCUUUACCCUUCUCUAUCUCGAUUCCCUCCAGUCGGCCUUGCGCCAACCCCUUUUCACUCCCCGGUUCAGGGAGAUGAAGCCGACCGUGCCCGGUGGAAAUGAGGGUAGAUUUGAUGUUCUGGGGAUGGCAGCGUCGUCUAGCUCCAUGCGUCCUUACAUCGAUAUGAAGUACAGGACAGCCAACGGUGAGGUCGAGAUUUCGGCCACAAGACUGCGCGGUGAUCCGGAGGUCGGUGAGUUCAGGGCUCUGGAGGAAGUCAUUUCGCACAAUCUUCGGAAGUUGGGUGUUAUGAUUGAGCAACCCUGGUAUCCUCGGGACCUUCCUGAUUCCGUUCGGCUGAGGAUGAUUCUGGGCGAGGAUCAGCCUGUUGCUGAUCCUUCGAACGCUCCCCCGGCUGCUCACGGAGAAGCCAUGGAGAUGCAUCCGACCCCACACGCCACUGAUAACCAGCAGGCUACUGUUAGACGCCGGCGGAAUCGGCCACAGGACCAGGAGCAUGAUGACGAUAAGUCCUGCCGGCGCAGCUUCACUACGCAUGCCUUCUAUGUAUCUCCCGCUUCUCAUUAUCCUAUAUCAUUCAGUAUCACACCUACUUAG